UGUGUCCCAACGCUACAGAAAAGGCCCUGGACCAGAAGGCUGGGCAGGGAGAGGUUCCGCUUCGCUCCAUUCCGCGGGCAACUGUGCCUACUGCCUGGGGCCUUGGAGCCCAAUGUCCACCCAACCCUAGCUCCCGGGCCUUCAUCCAUCUCUCCAUCGAGGCCACAAGCCCUGGGAUCCGCUGUCCCCGAAUCCUAACCUUUUUCAGCCACCCUCUCCCUCCCCAAUCCCUGCUAGUGGCUGGUUACCAUGGUGAAGCUAGCAGCCAAAUGCAUCCUGGCAGGAGACCCAGCCGUAGGCAAGACAGCCUUGGUACAGAUGUUCCGAAGUGACGGGACCCAUUUUCAGAAGAACUAUACUCUGACUACAGGUGUGGAUUUGGUGGUGAAGACAGUGCCAGUUCUUGACACAAAUGACAGUGUGGAACUCUUCAUUUUUGACUCAGCAGGCAAAGAGCUGUUCUCCGAAAUGCUGGAUAAAUUGUGGGAGAGUCCCAACGUCCUGUGUCUCGUCUAUGAUGUGACCAAUGAGCAGUCUUUCAUCAGCUGCACCAAGUGGCUGGAGAAGGUCCGGGCCCAGACUCCGGGUACCUCCCUCCCAGGUGUUUUAGUGGGAACUAAGACAGACCUCUCUGGCAGACGAACCGUGGAUUCUACGCAGGCCCAAGCAUGGGCUCUGGGCCAAGGCCUGGAAUUCUUUGAAACAUCUGUGAAGGAGAUGGACAAUUACGAGGCCCCGUUCCACUGUCUGGCCAAACAGUUCCACCAGCUGUACCGGGAAAAGGUGGACAUGUUCCAUACUCUGGUGUGAGGGUAUGGUGGUCUGUCCGCAGGCUGUUUCUGGGCUGCUGGGAGUCCAGCAGACCUUCAUCUCUCCAGAAGACAGAAGAUGGAAUUGCCUGGUACUUGUCAGAUAUCACUACAGCUUUCAAUAAAAUGAGGAAAUGAA